UCGGAGGGUAGAGGAGAAGGGAGGUAGAGGAAGCUAAGAAGAGACGGCGGAAAAUGUGUUAUUAUAGGCGAGCGCUCAUAUGUAAAGGUAAGAGAAAUCGAGUAAGAGCGACGGAAAUUUCGUGCUCGAACGUCUACCUAGAGGAAAUUCGAGAGGGUUCCGUAGAAGUUAUAAGAAUGAGCGCGUAUAAACGGAAUUGUAAGCGUACAAAUAGAGGACAAUAUAGCCUACCGCACGCUGCGAGUAAAACGCGCCUUAGGAGGUAGACGCUUUUCAUUAUCGAUUUCUUAGUAAAGAUAGUUAUGUCACCAACUUUCCGUAUGUUUCUAACAUUGCUAUUGGCAGCUCUUACUGUAAGAUAGCCGGCGA